AUGCUGCUCGGGCGACUUCGAUCGACGAGUGCGAUCAGCCGCCGAUCGUUUGCCCGCAUCGCCCGUCGCGCGUUCCAUCGGCCGGUUGCUUGCACGAGUGCUUCCACCGCCGCCGCCGCCGCCGCCGCCGCCGCCGCCGCCGCCGCUGCCGCCGCCGCCGCCGCGGUGCAGCACGGCGCUCCAGCAUCUGCGGAGAGCGGGCGCCGACGGGUCACCGAUGACUACUCCCUUGGCGCGGAGCUUGGAUCGGGACACUUUGCGACCGUCCGACGCGGGGUCUGUCUGCGCACUGGCAAGGAGGUCGCCGUCAAGAUAGUGCCCAAGACGAUGCAGACGGCAGAAAGCAUCCGCCACGAGUGCACCGUGCUGCAGCGCGUGAGCAUCCACAAGCGCGUGGCCUCGCUCGAGGCUCUCUAUGAAACGGACGAGCACUUUUACAUCGUGAUGGAGUACGUGUCGGGCGGGGAGCUUUUCGAUCACCUCUGCGAGCAUGGCGCGUACUCGGAGCGGGAGGCGGCGACUCUCAUCUCCGAGCUGGCGGGGGCGAUUGCGAUCUGCCACGCGCAAGGCGUGGCGCACGCCGAUAUCAAGCCCGAGAACCUCUUGCUGACCCACGACGGCCACGUCAAGCUGGUCGACUUCGGGCUCUCCUGCCAGUACGUCAACAACGAGCGCAGGACCGCAUUCGGCUGCGCUCUAGGCGCGUCGGGCACGGCAGCGUACUGGGCGCCGGAGGUCUGGGGCUCUGGGUCGCCGGGGCUCACAAACGACAUGUGGGCGCUGGGUGUGCUCACGUACAUGCUGCUCACCGCGAGUCACCCCUUCGACGACGAGGGCCAG